AUGGCUACGACUUUCCACCCUUUCCCUUUCCUCCCCUGGGAGCUGCGUGCUCGCAUUUGGGAACUGACGGUUGAGCCUCGGACAGUCGACGUCCACGCAAAAAGAUACUACCUUGAAACGAAGGAAAACAUAGAGACGGCUCCUUCUGGCCAGCAAGCAUACGCGCGGCUGGUCUCGACCACGCCCGUGCCAGCAACACUACAAACUUGCCGCGAGUCGCGCAAUCUCGGACUGUAUCAAAAGGGCCUUUCUGAGGUUGAAGUUGUUCCGGAGGGCGGCGAGAGGCGUUACGUCUGGCUGAAUUUUGACAUUGACACGAUUGACUAUGGACGGGAUGACCUUUACAACUAUCGUUGGGCAGCGCAGCCUGUAAAGCGGCUCAAGUACAGUAGCCGAAAGUUCCACUACUGCGAUGUUCGUUCAUUCAACUUUUUUGAGAACUUGAUAGAGGCUCACAUAGAUUGCUUCGACGAAGAAGGCCUGGGGGAGUGGUACCACAUCUUUGGACCCUUCGUGCUCACCUGCGAUCGCAGAAACAUACACUUGAUCCAAUCGGAAAAUAAUCGCACAACUACUGCUCAGGAACUGGAAGAGGAAAUCCAACGUCGGGAAGAGGAGGAUUUUGCAGAGUUUGCAAACCUUGAUCCGGUUCCAGUUUCUGAGAUGCUUGCCGGACUUGACGUUAACUCAUUGAUGCCCACCCUCCUGCAUGUCGCCGACAUUGUUCGGAACAUGGAAGGCAACAAUUGA